AUGCCCGGUGUUGGCUGCGUCCCCAAGCUGCUCGCCAGCGUUGGCGAAGGCGGUCGAGAUAACACCUACCAAACUUUUCCCUUCGCCGCAGCGUUGGGAGGAAACAUCCCUGCCGGAGGCUCACGGAAAGCCGAAGGGAAUACUUUGGGAGGGGACAAGGUCAAGCCUCGCAGCUGGGCAGGCUCGGAGUUCCAGGGAGCCCUGGAGGCAGGAAUCCUCGCCAGCGUGCGCCUGUGCGAAGGGAGGUCCAGCGGACGAGGCAUCUCCUUUCCCAAGCCCCUCAGUGACCGUGACCCUCGCGCGUUCCCCGCGCACGUGCUUGCGGUCGAGGAAGAGAACGGAGCCCGCUGCGUGACGGUCCCUGCGGCUCCCCUGGAGCACUGCGCGGGGCGGACCAGCCGCGGCAAUGGUGUAGCCAUUAGCUGCGGCCGUCGCGCUCCAAAGGACAGGCUAUGCGCGUCCAAGGCGGCUGCAGCUGCUGCGCAGAGCGAGGGCGACGACGACAGGCCGGGCGAGCGGUGGUGUUGGCAGCGGGCGACGGCCACGGCCGCGGCGGCGGGCGAGGACAUGGAUGAGUCGUCACUGCUGGACCUGCUAGAGUGUUCCGUGUGCCUGGAGCGGUUGGACACCACGGCCAAGGUGCUACCGUGUCAGCAUACCUUCUGUCGCCGCUGUCUGGAGAGCAUCCUGUGUUCGCGCCACGAGCUGCGCUGCCCAGAGUGCCGCAUCCUGGUAGGCUGCGGCGUGGACGAGCUGCCCGCCAACAUCCUGCUGGUGCGCCUGCUGGAUGGCAUACGCCAGAGGCCCCGAGCUGGCGCCAGCCCUGGAGGCAGCCCUCCCGCGCGCUCUGGCCCUGGCUGGGGGGCGGCCUCCGAGGUUGGCAGUCAGCGCGAGCUGACGACCAGCAGGAACGCGCCCCUGGCAAAGAAUCCUGCCCAGCUUCCCUGUGGCAAAGCCCUCUACAGUUACGAAGGGAAGGAGCCUGGUGACCUCAAGUUCAACAAGGGAGACAUCAUUAUCCUGAGGCGCAGGGUGGACGAGCACUGGUUCCAUGGGGAGCUGCGCGGCGCCCACGGCUUCCUACCCGCCAGCUAUGUGCAGUGUCUCCGGCCCCUGCCACCCGCCCCUCCCCAGGGCAAAGCCCUGUAUGACUUUGAGAUGAAGGACCGAGACCAGGACCAGGACUGCCUGACCUUCACCAAGGAUGAAAUCCUGACUGUGAUCAGAAGAGUGGAUGACAACUGGGCAGAGGGAAUGCUGGGAGACAAGAUUGGAAUUUUCCCCCUCCUGUACGUGGAGCUCAACGACUCAGCCAAGCAGCUUAUUGCAAUGGACAAGUUCUGCCCAGCUGCUGUGUCUGACUGCCAUGCCUCGUUGCCCUCUGACCCCGGCACGGUGGCCAGUGUGGCCCCAGGUCUCACUUUAAGCAGCACAGGGGCAGUCAGUGCCUUUCAGCAACGUGUGGACGGCAAGAAGAAUGCCAAGAAACGCCACUCCUUCACCGCGGUCAGCCUGACACACAGGUCCUCACAGGCUGCCAGCCACAGGCAUUCCGUGGAAAUCAGUGCUCCAGUGCUGAUCAGCUCCAGCGACCCCCGGGCCACGGCCAGGAUCCAGGACCUGGCGCAUGUGUCCUGCAGUGCUCCCACCCAGGACUCCUCCUCUGCCGGAUCCAGCCCAGCGGCUGAACUGCAGGACAUGGCUCCCAAAGGGCAGCUGCCUCUCAAUGUGUACCUGGCACUCUACACCUACAAGCCCCAGAAGAGUGACGAGCUAGAGCUGCGCAAGGGCGAGAUGUACUGCGUCCUGGAGAAGUGUCAGGACGGCUGGUUCAAGGGCACGUCCCUGAGGUCUGGGCUCUCUGGGGUGUUCCCAGGAAACUAUGUGACUCCUGCUUCCAGGGCUCCCUUAGGAGGACCUGGGCCACCUGGGAAUAAUGUGGUUGGAGGGUCUCUACUGGCCAAAGGGAUGGCCACAAGCAUCCACCCAGGUGGUGGGAGCCUGAGCAGCCCUGCCACCGCCACGAGAGCAGCCCUCCCCCUCGCCACACCCCAGGCCCAGCACCAGGCAGCCUCUCCCCCGGUGGGCAGUUGUCUGUGGCACUCAGCUCCCCCAGCGGCUAGCCAGGCCCGGAGCACAGUCCCCACAGCUGCCCUCUCCUCUGCUCAGGCUCAGGACCAACCAACCACCAUGGUGUCACCCCUGUGCACCCAGAACUCCCCGUCCCGCCUGCCCACUGCCAGCCUCAGGCCCCACUCCAUGGUGUCCCUGCAGCACCUCCACCAGCCCCCAGUGCAGACCAUCACUGGUGCCCAGUGCCCCUGGCCAGCCAUCCCUCUCACGUCAGCGGCAUCAGCUGUUACACCUCCCAAUGUCACUGCUGCCAACCUCAACGGGGAGGCCGGAGUGGGGACCAUCAGUGGCCUGUCUACAUCCAGCCCCACCAAUGUGGGAUGCAAACCAGAUGAGAAGAAAACUGAAAAGAAAGAGAAGAAGAGUGGGCUGCUGAAACUUCUAGCCGGGGCAUCCACCAAGAAGAAGAAUCGCUCCCCACCGUCCAUCUCUCCCACCCAUGACCCCCAUGUGGCAGUGGACGCCUCGCUCCAGGGUGCAGUGGGGCUCGAAGUAUCCUCACUGUCCCUCCAUGGCCGGGCAGGGUCCUGCCCCAUAGAGAGCAAGAUUCAGGGGGCGAUGGGAAUGGAGCCACUGCAUAGAAAGACGGGCUCCUUGGACCUGAACUUCUCCUCAUCCCCUUCCAGGAAAGCCCCUUUCUCCAUGGCUGCCGCCCGCCCUGAGCCCAAGCCAUUUCCCAGAGAGAGGUACCGUGUCGUGGUCUCGUACCCGCCCCAGAGCGAGGCCGAGAUAGAGCUGAAGGAGGGAGACAUUGUCUUUGUGCACAAGAAGCGUGAGGACGGCUGGUACAAGGGCACCCUGCAGAGGAACGGCCGCACGGGCCUCUUCCCCGGCAGCUUCGUCGAGAGCUUCUGAGGACAAACUCUCCACACGCCACUCACCGGGGAGAAGGCUUUCCGGGAAGCCCAAGCGCCAGGAGCGGGCCACCACUCCCCCAGGCCUCAGGUCCCUUCCAAGGCCCCUGCAGGGUGUGGGGAUCGUGCCUUCACCCACAACCCCCAACCGAGAGCACAUCUUGGGGUUGUUCUUGGAUGAGAUGCCUGCCACCCCGUGUGAACUGUAGAGAAGUGAGUUAGGAGGAGGAAGAUGCUGCCUGGGUGCUCCCCAAGGUGGCUCCCCAAAAUGUCUCCCCCAGGUGGCUCCUCGAGGUGGCUCCCCCAGGUGGCUCACUGUGCAGGGCUACGGGGCACAGAAUGUCUUCAUGGGCUGUCUAGGCUGCAGGUGGGGUCCAAAUUGCUUCAUUGCCUCUCUAUACCUCAGUCGCCUGCCACCUGCCCAGCCCCUGGGAAAGCCUGGCUGUGCAGCCUGUGGGACUCCCACAGCUCCCAUGGCUGGUCCCCCAUCAGCAUUGGGAACAACACUUCUGUUGGCCACUGUCCCUUUGCAUUGCUUAUUUCUCACAUCUUUUUAAUGUAAAGCUAUUAGACUUUAUAUAUUUCUAAUCGGUCAUACAUUGCCUAUUUUUCAAACAUCUGGUGCUGCCUUUUUGUAAUGACUUGGUUGAGUUUGAAAGAAAAAAAUGUCCAAGGAAACAUCAAAUGGGCAGAAUUUUUAUAUUUACUAUAUCAACUUUGGAGAAAUCCAGAAAGCCCACAUUCUCAACACUACAAUGCCCUGUACCACGGGAUAAGAGGGAAUCCAUUUAGGGGAUUCAAGGUACUUUGGAAAAAGCCAAUUUCUUUCAACCUUUACCAAAGCCCCAUGCUCUGUCUAGACAGUGUAAUUGUUACUCAAGAACAUGCAACUUCAGGGAAAGUGGCUAUCAUCGCCUUUUGUGUGGCAGUGAGAGGGGCAUGAAGGUGGGCCCACCCUGAAAAAGCGGAAUUUCCCUCUUACUGCUUUAGCAAGAGUGACAACAAUUCGAUUAUCAAAAUAUGAUUUAUCACUAUUGAAAUGUGAAGCUUUUACCCCAGUACCACAAUUUACAA